ACUUCUUUCACCCCGCACAAACCACGUAUUUCGUACACCAGUUACAGCUGAGCUACUGCUUGGACGUCGCCACCUUACUCGACUGCCAGCUUUGCCCCUUCAAUUCCUCAAGCUACUGGACGUUCGAUUCUCAACGCUACACCUUGAUGUCAUAUACACCUUGGUCUACGUAACGACUAUACGGCAGCCUCAGAUGAUAUGGCAACACGAUACACAGUAGAAGCCCUGCUUCAUUUGCGCGAGUCGCCUUUAUGUACCAAACCGAGUAGCCUUCCUCCCGCCGAAGAAUGGAUGGGACCACCCCCUGAGACAUUUCGCAAUAGCCAAAGCGCCGGCAAGACUGGACCUGAGAGGACUAGAACCGCUGGCGACAAUUCACUGCUUGACAACACCAACAAACGGCCAGGUGUCGAAAGACAUGUGCCGCGCAACAGCGCAAAUCCCGCUGAUAUCGUCCUCGGGCCACCGCGCACAACCUUCUCGUCGGCUACCAUAUCGCGAGGUAGCAAGCCUUUCGAUAACGAAAAGACCCUCAAGGAGUCGGAUGCUCGAGACCGCUUCGCCAGCUUGCGCACCAGAAAUGGUGACGGAGAUCGGGACCGUGAACGCGACCGUGAUGGCCGAAACAAUUUCCGUCGCCGUGGCGAUGCUGCCGAUCAGGACAGCGACGGCUGGAGCACCGUGAAGCCCCGCAAAAGCUUCGGGCAUGAGGGCGCUGAGCGGUUCCAUGGGCGCAUGGGUGAGCGUCCCGAACGACCUGCAGCGGCCGAGCGUCGACCUCGAGACAGUCACGAUGAUCGCGACCGAGACAAUGGCGACCGUCCGCCGCGCCGGAGCAACUUUGGCGAGUUUAGCAGAGACAAGGAUGGCGAUGACGGCGAGCGUCCUCGCAGAAACGGCCUGAACAAGAACAGAACCGACCAGCCCACAUGGUCCAGGGGCAACACUGCCGAAAACGAAGCAACACCAGCGCCGGCGCCUGUGACUGCAUCAACUCGUGAGCGAUUUGACAGGGCCAAGAGUUGGAGAGAGAGGGGUGACCGUGAGCGAGAUCGUGACGACCAUCACGAUGACAGAGCGCGCAGAUGGGACAACCGAGACCAGCGCCAGGAACGCGAGCCCGAAUGGCUCGACGAACCUGCCGAUGGUAAGAACCAGACCCACACUGAGGAGGACUUCAAGAAGUUCAUGGAGAGCAUGAAGGCGGGUAAGACUGCCAAAGCCGCACCCAUUGAUACGUCGUCUCAUGAAGAGAGUCUGGAGCCCGAGAAAUCCAAGGUCAAGUCGGCAUCCGCUAUCGAUCUUGGCCCUGACAAGUUCUUCGCCAACUUUGCUUCUACUCCCAGCGCUGAUAUGAGCAACCCUCUGGAAGGUCCAAAGGAGACUGCUGUUCCCAAGCCUAAGACGGGGUCGAGAUUCCAGAACUUUUUCUCGUCUCAAGAGGAUCGCCGGCAGACGGAGCCUACUACACCUGCGUCGAGUGUGCCGAUCCAGGAGCCGAACCCUCUUCUGGCUUUUGCUGGUGCGGGCGCUGGCGCAAGCGCAGCCAUGAGCGGGCAACCAGGCAUAAGUCCCGUAACCCAGGCUGAUCCCAACGAGAAAGUGGCCUUCCAGGCUCUUCUUCAAAAGCUGAAGGGUUCCAAAUUGAACAAUACCCCACCCUCUGGAGGUUUCCCAGUCCCAACCCCGCCUAGUCAGGACAUGGGAUCGAAAAGCUCUGUUGCGUCUCCGGGCGGCCCCUUCUCGCCAUUCCAUCAUCCUCGCGAUGAACCUUUGAUUCGAGGUCCGCCACCACCUUCUCAGCAGCAGGAGAUGCACGCACCGAGACCACAACAGACGACAGCCCAGCCGCCGCCACCACCAAUGCGUACUGACCAGAUGAUGCAUGAACUUCUUGGACAUCAUAUGCGGAACCAGGCCCCUAUCCGCAAUGACCAAAACCACAGCCGCAAUAGCAACAGCAAUGCUGAGUUCCUCAUGACGUUGAUGCAAAGUGCACGUGGCGUCCCCGAGCCUCCAAGGACUGAACAGCUCAUUAGAAUGCCCCAGCCCUCUAGGCCAGCUCAAAUCCCUCAAACACCUGAUCGCGAGUCCGACUACCAGCGUGAGCGUAGUUCAUCUCACCAUCAAGGCCGGCCACAAGGCUUGCCCAGCUUUUUCGAUGUACCACAGCUUCGUCACGAACAAGACAAUCGUCGACAACAGCCAACCCAAAUCCUACAACGUCAAGGGCCCCCUGGCUUGGAUCAGAUGCACCCCAACACGUGGAUGCAGGGCGCAAACCAGCAACUCCCUCCUGGUCCAGGUCGACCUAUGAUCCCGCCACCGGGGCUUGCUGGCAAUCCCCGCAAUGGCCCGAUGCCGGGAAUGUUCCCUCCCAACUUCCCUAAUCCUAUGGGUGGCUUCGCCCCUCCAGACGGGAUGAUCGGUCAUCCACGCAACAUGGCCCCACCCCCUGGGUUCUUCGGUGGCCCACCGGGCUUCCUGCCACCGCCGGGUAUUGGCCCAGAGGCUCUUGCUUAUGGCUUCGAUGGCCGUGGAAUGCCGCCUCCGAGUGCUGGCGGUGCCUUCCGUCGUAACUAGGAAACUACAU